ACCUCAUCCACCCUGGACUCACAGUGACCAGAGGCGUCUCUCACGGGACACCGUUGGCUGCGCCAUUCUGCACUCCUGCCACAUCUCUACCGGAUUUUGUUUUUCCUCAGCUCAAGGAAUUGAGUGAGUCUCGCGACUGCAGCCUGUGCGCCAAGUCUGGCUGGGCCGUCAAAGCGUAACAGCCGUGGCCAUGUAGCGUGGGGUAGCUGCUCCCAUGCAUCUACCGCCUUCGACGCCGGCGCCGCGGCGCUUCUUGUUGGCCAAGAGGAGCACGCACCGAGGUGGCGGGACGCAGCCGCAGACUCAGCCGCUGCCGCCGCCGCUCGCCCUUCACCAGCAGCAGCAGCAGCAGCAGCAGCAGCAGACUCCUGGCGGGCCGCCAAGUCACUCGCAAUUUCAGUCGACGCCGCGCUUUGGGCCGCCGUCGUCAUUGUCGUCGUCGUCUGUGCUGCGGCCGAGAACGCAGCGGAGGGCGCUCGACAUUGAGGACGUGGUCGACGUUGACGACGAGGAGGAAGAUGACAGGGAACGGGACGGGGAUGGCGGCGGGGGCCGGGCUGCGGAUGCUCUGAUCCCCGUAGAGGAAGAUGACAGUAUGGUGGCACCACGGGACUCGAUUGAAGUGGAAUCCGAGGGUACCGUGAGCGCGCCGCAGGACGACGACGAUGAUGUUAUGGCGCAGGCAAGCGAGGAGGAUGCCGAUGCUGCAUCACUGGAUGCGAUUGUUGAUGUGGACUCGCAGCAGCAACAGGAUGACACGAUGCAGGAGUCGCCACAAGAAGGCAGACAGGCAAAGAGGAGGAAACUCUCGCUGUCGCCCUUACCGGACUCUAGUCCUUUAACCCGGCAUCUCGAGCAGGGCGCGGCAUCACCAGAGCCUCUUCAUGAAACCUCGCCGCGGGCAGCAGGGAGCGAGGACAUGGACUUGCCUGACAGCGCCGACGAGAGCAAGCACUCCCCCUCGGAGCGCACCGCGAACAGAGACCGAAGCCGUGCCUUCCGCGACCGGGCGGCGGCGGCGGUGCAGCAGCCCGUCUUCCGGCCGGCCCCGCGCUUCUUCAAACCUGUCGCAGACACGGACGACGACGACGACGACGGGGCGGCCACGGACGGGCUACCGGCCGCCUUCACGCCGCAGCGCAGGGGUGGCCCGCGGUACGUCCCCGACGGGCUGGCCGCCGAGCUGCAGGGCUGGCUGUCCGAGGUCAAGGGGUGGGAGGAGGAAGCUCACGACACGCAAGGGCACGCCGACCCUGGAGGCGGCGGCCGCGGAAGCAGACGACGGCAGUCGCCGCGCGAGUUCGUCGUCGAGGAGGUCCGCCCGGGGCGCAGGAUGCACCUCGUCCGGGCGCGUCCGCGGGGCGACGGAGGCGACCCUGGGGACGGGACGACGGCGCCGUCGCGGCGGAUCAUCCUCGCUGGCCAAGGCAAGCUGACGGGUCUCGCACGGCGAGCCCUGGUGGCCGUGGGCAGCGCCGUGGCCGUGGGCGGGCCGGUGUGGGAUGUGGACAUUGGGGGCGAGACGUGGACUGUCGCGUGCGACUGGAGUGUAGUAUCAUGAUGCCGACUAGGCAGUUACUACGGGCUGGAUGGACUGCAAGCUUUGGAUUGGAUAAGAUUAAAGACGCCUCGCGGCACGAAGCUGACUGACGACUUUUUACGAACCCUCGUG